AUGGCUUUUAGCGACCUCACGUUCCCAAAUACCACUGAUCCGGUCGCCUUAGCCAUUUACUACCAAACACAUCCUCUACCUCAAACCUUCAAUGCCGGCAUCGUCGUCGCUUCGAUUGUUGCCUCCUUCUUGGGCGCCGAGACUACCCUCCUGCUGCUCUCGCGCCGGACUUCGACGGCCGGCGCACGGAAUUGGGGCAUUCUUGUUUUGGCCGCAACAACCAUGGGCAGCGUGGGAAUAUGGGGCAUGCAUUUUAUUGGCAUGAACUUCUCCUUGACCCCAGCUCCCGGAAUCGACUGGUAUAUCCAGUUCUCCCCCGCAUUCACAGUCUUGUCUUUGUUUGUGCCCAUGUUCUCCCUGGUAUUUGCUUUCGUCUUCAUCGGCGCCGGCCCCGAAUCACUUCCGGUGAAUGACCGUGAUGAAGGAGUAGAGGCGAAAAUAGAAAGCAUAUAUCCUGCCGAUGCCGGCUUCAUCCAGCGCUCACUGUGGCCUCUCAAAGAAUGCUUACGGCGACGCACAUCAGAGGAGCUUCUCAGCCUACGGAUCGUCGUUGGCGGUCUUAUUGUUGGCGGAACCGUGGCGCUCAUGCACUACUCCGCUGGAUUCUCGUCCUCCUUCGAGCGCGAAUAUGAUCUACCUCACCUGGUGUUUUCGAUUGUGCUGGCUUGCGUUGCCUCGACUCUAUCCCUGCUUGUUUUCUUUCGAUUCCAAGCCCAAUGGCAUGCCAAUUGGUGGAAAAAGAUGGUCUGCGCCCUAGGCCUCGCUGCUGGAGUUUCGGGAAUGCACUACCUUGGUCUUGUUGGAACUCGUUGGUAUGUGCCACGUGGCAAGACAGAGGGGUUCGUUCAGGGCAAAAAAACAUCGACUGUUCUUACAAUUGCCAUUAGCGUCAUGUGCUUCGGGGUCUGUGUCAUCUCGUUCAUCAUCGUAUUUUCCGAUUUCCUCGUUACCCGGGAAAGUCGUCGAAAAGCCAGGAGAGUUACUAUUGCGUCGGCCACCUUUGACAAGUCAGGCCGAGUGCUAGUGAACCCAGAUGGCAUGUUACCCAUGGGUGAAGUCGAAACAGACUUCCCGCUCAAAGAUAUCAUGGAAGAACUUAACUUCAGACAACCAACGUUCCAAUGGCUAUACUCCCUUUCAUGGGACUGGACCAUCCUCGACCCCUUUCUUCCUCGCAUGGCCGCACGAGCCCUGGGUCUCACCUCGUUUGUCCCACCCCCUGUCGCCAGCAGCGCGCCGCGGAUCUUCAGGAGCCGCAAGGAACCGGGCUCCUCAUACACAUCGUCGAAGAACGCUGCGCAGCUCGCGCUUUUCAAGGAUCGCUGUCUCGAAACCACUCAGUCCUUGGCCAACCAGAUUGGCCUGCCGGUUAGCGACAUGGGAGUGUUGUUUGACAAUGUUCUCCGUACCGGCACGCGAACGGCCCCUGCUACGGGCGAGAAAGCCGAAUGCAAGCUUCCGAACGAUGAAGAGUCUUCGAUAUACAGUGUUGCUGUGCGCGCGACACCUCAGCAGGGUGUCAUGCUCUUCUUGGUCCGUGAGCUCAGUGGUGAAGGCCCGGACACGAUGGAAAACUACCUCAAGCGCGGAUACCGGUUCACGGACACCCGAUGGUUUUCGCCCGUCCUUGCCGACAGGGCUGCGGUCGACAAAGACGAAAGUGAUGGUCUGCUCAAUCAACUCAAGCUAUAUGCCAAGCGUGGCACCAAGCCCUGUGUUCGUAGCGGCGGGAUCUACGUCGGCUUCUUUGCCGUCCGCCCGUCGAUCUCGCGGGAAGGUGGGAUCGACACUCUAGUUUACCAAUUCGCCAGACACCAAAUCCCUGCCUACAGGCUCCCCGACGUCGACGGGAUCACUGAUGAGAUGCGCACAUGGAUUGGAACCAUGGCUGGCUGUAAAAUGGCCGACUUGAGUUCCAUUUGCGCCAACGAAGUGGAUACCAGUCUUCCCCCACCGAGUGGAAAACUCGCCGAGGAAAUGUGGAUCUUCAAAUCGAGUCUGACUCUUGCCAUGGAUGCUAUGGCUGCAAACCUCAAGAUGUUUCCCGAUCUGCCAUCACAAUCAGUCCUAUCAGCAGAGAUAAUUGAUGUCCCGUCUUCCCAGGACGACUCCACACAGACCGCCAGCAUGAUCGUUUUCCAAGCCACCUUCCCCGCACCCACCAGGCACGGAGAAGAGCUCCCCGGUUUGAGCAUCCAAAACGAAGCCGCGGGGGCGUACAAACAGCAAAACCCAGCCCCAACCUUCGUCUUUGUGCCCUACACGCUCUUCAGCAAGACCCAGAUGAUGAUGCUUCGAGGCAACCAAGCCCGGAAGUUUGCCCGAGAGUGUCGGGCUGAGCUGGCCAAGCGGUUCCCCGGCCCAGUCGGCACCCUCAAGGCCUCGAUGUCUCCGCAGAUCUACGGCGAAUCGUCGUAUCUCGCCGCCGGCGAAAAGGGCCUGGUGACGCCGCCGCAGAAGUACAACUGGCUCACCGACGUCUCGCCCUCCCAGCAGACCGACUUCGGCGAGGGAGGCCCGCUCGGCGAAGACAGCGAGCUCACCCAAACGCCCGCCCAGCUCGAGGCGACGAAAGCCCGAUACAGCAGCCCAGACAGCGUCCCGAAGAUGUGCCAAGUUACCAUCAAAGCUCCGCUCGGAACCCCCAAAAGAGCCCAGGCCAACGCGCUCCUUCAGCAGGCCUGGCGGACACCUGAAUACGAAGCCUCGCUCGCCCCGGCCUACUCUCCUACAGGGGUCGAGAAUCAGUGGGUCCCAGGACACGAAGCCCCCGACGCUCGCCACACGGAUACUCCGACCAUUAACACCACGGCUCAGCUCAAUGUGCCCCUAGCGUCCACGCCCGCUGGCUCAGACGCCAGCAGAACGCGCGCCCAGCCGUUAGCCAUUACAGCAAGACUGAGAUCCGAUGAUUGGCCUACCCGUUGUCUCCACGGACUGGAGCAGAGCGAAGCCGGCCAAGUCCUCCUCGGAGUCGACUGGUAA